GGCCCGAAGGCAUCCGAUUGUAGAUUGAUGAUUGCUACAAGAACCCCUCGUGUCCCUGCAAAAGCCGCAUUUCUCAGUUGUUUCAAAGCUAUAACCUAAAAUUUCAUUAUCUCAAAUGGUCUCAAAAAAUCCGAACCAGCCAGACGGAUUCUACUUGGAUCCGAACGGAAUGGCCCUACCAGGACUGGGACCCUUCGUCACAGCAUCGGCCACUCCAUCGGAGGAUCCGAGUAAGAAGAUCCGAAAACCUUACACCAUCACCAAAUCCAGAGAGAGCUGGUCUGAACCUGAACACGAUAAGUUCCUCGAAGCUCUUCAACUCUUUGAUCGUGACUGGAAAAAAAUUGAGGCAUUUGUUGGGUCAAAAACAGUAAUUCAGAUACGCAGUCAUGCACAGAAGUAUUUUCUGAAGGUUCAGAAGAGUGGAACCAAUGAACACCUGCCUCCUCCUAGGCCCAAAAGGAAGGCUGCUCAUCCAUAUCCUCAGAAAGCCACAAAGAAUUCCCCAAUGCUCUCACAACCUCCUGGAUCCUUCCACCUCCUUGAACCUGGACUUGAUGGAAGGCCUGAUUCAGCAUCAAUUCCUAUGAACCCAAUGAAUAAUGCUUCUACAGCUUCCCAGACAAAUAAUUUGCCAGCUGUCAGUUUAUCAAAUCAAGCAAAAGGUGCAAAUAAUUGUUGCAGUAGCACUGAGAAUGUUUCUACAAUGAAACCAAUUGGGGAAACAGCUGGGCUAGGGAAUCAUGGGCAUCGAUUGAGAGUUCUGCCCGACUUUGCUCAAGUAUACAACUUUAUUGGCAGUGUCUUUGACCCAAAUGCUACCAGUCAUCUGCAGAGACUGAAAAAAAUGGACCCUAUAGAUGUUGAGACGGUGCUGUUGUUGAUGAGAAACCUCUCUAUCAAUCUGACCAGUCCUGACUUUGAGGAUCAUAGGAGGUUGCUUUCUUCUUAUGAGAUAGACACACCGGCAAUUGGUGCAUGCAAAAUCCUCAAGGACAGUUUAUCAAAGAAUGUUGCUCAAUUUGGAUAAAUUAGACCCAAUUAUGCUUCAUCAUUGCUGGAUGUGGCUGAACUUGCAUGCAGUUUUGCUAUGCACCAGUGUGGAGGGCUACAGGUAGAAGCAGCUGCCAGCUAUUAAAGGCAUCUGCUACCUUCUUUUUUCUUUAAAAAAAAAAAAAAUUAUUUUUAUUAUUUGUUGUCGUCUGUUGAUUACACCCUCAAUUGUAGCUUUUAUCAUUCUAUUGUCAUGUACAUAUUGGAAAAGACCGAAAAGGUGGGGGAGGGGGGUUCAGGAGUGUAUAUAGUGAUUCAUGGUAGAAAGGAAUUCUUGUAUAGCUGAAUCACUCUGUAUUUAAAUUUUGACUAUAAUAUUCCUAGCAUAGGUUAUGCGAGAUAUUUGAUCA